AUGGAGGAAAAUGGCGUGCAGCAAAGUGCCAUUUGCUGCAAUGCAGCCAUCAGUGCCUGUGAUAGAGCUGGGCAAUGGCAGCAAGCUCUGACCCUCUUGUAUCGAAGCUUGCUUUGCUUUGUCAAGACCGUUCUGUUUUGCUACAACUCUGCUAUCAGCGCCUGUGCUCGCGCAGCGGAGUGGCAACUUUCAGUUAUCUUGUUGGCCGAGCUUGGAGAACUUCAAUUGAAGCCCACAGAAAUGAACUACAAUUCAGCGAUCAACGCAUGUGAGAAAGGUGGGGAGUGGGAGUUGGCGCUGGCGCUCCUCCACGAGAUGCCGCUGCAGCGGCUGCCCCUCUCAGCCUGGAGUUUCAGCACAGCCAUCAGCGCAUGCGAAUACGCAAGCCUGUGGCAGCCAGCCCUGGCCUUUCUGAACCGCAUGCGUUCGGCCGCCCCAGACCUGGUGAGCUGGACGGCCGCCAUGAGCACCUGCGCCAAGGCGGCGCAGUGGGAGGCGUCCUUGCUCCUCCUGGCCGAGAUCCCCGCCAGGGACGCGUAUUGCUUCAACGUGGCGGUGGGUGCCUGUGAAAAGUCCAGCAGGUGGGAAAUGGCACUGUCGGUCCUCGGCAUGAUGGAUGCCAAAACGGUUUCGCCUGGGCUGAUCACCUACAAUGCAGCCCUUGCCAGCUGCAAAAAAGGUGGAAACUGGGAGGUUGCUCUUCAGCUGUGGCAAAGCCUGCAUGAGAGCGGCUUUGUCCCGGAUGUGAUCUCAUUCAACUGUGCAAUUGGCGCAAGUCAUAUGGCCAGCAGAUGGGCGCUGGCUAUGCAUUUCUUUGGCUUGAUGUCGCCUGAUCUCCCAGAUAGGUCCACUUUCACUGAAGUUGCCAAUGCCUGUGAGAAGGUGGGUGAAUGGACAUCCUCCCUUCAUGUUUUUGCCAGCGCCUUGGCAGCCCGCGUCAUCCCAGAUGGCACCUGUGCCGGGUCAGUCGCCGGAGCACUGCGCAGUGCUGGAGACGAAGGUGGCGCUAUGCAGCUGCUGCGGGAGAUGCUUGCGAGAUGGCCUGAGUAUGACCCAGAAACUGAUCGCUCGAUUUGGGCCGCGUCACAAGGAACUAUGCUGGCAAGAGCACCCGGAGUUGUGGCGAUCUCCAAGCCCUCUGGCAUCAGCACGGAAAUGCUGCUGGAGUCCUGGCUGGGCAGUUCCUGGAACAAGCGCGUGCAGACCGUGUCUAGGCUUGACUAUCCCACCUCCGGAGUGCUACCCAUUGCCACGGGGCCGGAAAACUCGAUCCAGUGCCAUUGGCUUCAAGCGCAGUUCGCUGCAAAGCUCGUGCGGAAGGACUGGCUGCGUCAAGUUGGCUUCGAGGCGACCCUGAGUACAUAUGCCUGGCAGAGGGACCAUUCUUGGGCCAGCCUGGUCAGCGCGGGUCUAUAG